AUGUUCUCCGUCCUAAACCUACAAGGACAGAAUGACUCGUCUCCAUCGCCAGAAGUCCCACCGCACCCUCGUUUCAAGACGUCCACCGGUUGCUGGACGUGCCGGGCUCGUCGUAUCAAAUGCGAUAAGCACAAGCCUCGGUGCCAACGAUGCCUCAAUCACUCUCUUCACUGUCAAGGAUAUGGCCUGCGAUUGGGGUGGGCCAAAUAUACUCACAAUGGAAAACCGGAGCCGGAAGAACGUCUUCGGAAUCCUGUCACUGCGUCUGACCAUGGACCGGCGCUCGACAAUGUGUCCCCUGUCGAUAUUACUGCCAUGUUGGAUACCCUAGAGAAAUGCACUGACGAAGACAUUUCCAAGUCGAUGGGCCCUUUCUCGGUCUUUCGCGUGAGCAGCCACCUCACACCGCGUUCCAACGUCGGCUCCAACCCUUCUCAGUCACAGACUGACGCCGAUGCUGUUGAUUCGGACUCGUCUGGUAUCGCCCACUCGUGGUCCUCUAUGGCGUGCAACAUAUCCGGUAGACCACCAUCGGAUAACAGCAUUACUGGCACAGGACGUGCCGAGAGUACUAUUUCGAGAAGACCUUCUUCCCCCAUGUGGGAGAGUCCCCAAAGAUUCUCAAUCUCGGAUGAAAGCCCCACCACAGAUGCCUCCAAGGGUCAUUACCACCAGUCGAAAUCGGACAUGACUUCCAAGUCAUGGAAGCAGACUCAUGGAUCAUCACGCACUGUGCGCCAUAUGGACAUGCUCGUUCUUCCGGCCUGGCACAGAGAAUUGAUACACCACUGGGUGACAUUUCUUGCAGAAAACCUGAUCCCGCUAGAUACUGCAUUGAAUCCUUUGCGAAAGAUUCUUCUGCCAAUGGCGCUGCAGGGAAUCCUGUCGAAUUCAGGAAGGCCCAAUGGGUCUACUGCUCUAUUCCACUCGAUGUCGGCGGUAGCUAGCUACAGUCUGCUCGAAUUGAAAGGGUCACAUGGCCGCUACCAGCAAUUGGCACUCCAGCACGAACAGCUAUUCUUCCACUACCUGCGUGAGGCGCUCUCGCUGACCGAUCAUCUCAAAGAUGAAGGCAUUCCGUUAGCGAUUUUGGUGUACAACACAAAGUUCUCCAUCUCUGGUCACCCGGUCGAAUGGAGGCAGCAUGUUCUCGGAGGCAUCAGAUGGCUGAUCAACACUGGCUUCUGUAACCAGGACAUUUUGCAGAAGACCCGGCCGGUCGUGUGCUCAUUGUAUCUUUACGGUGCAAUAAUGGGGAAUCUGGACCUUCCCGCCGACGUCAUGGAAACAUUGACGGCGAUCAAUGCCGACGAUGACGGAUUCGACUACAUCUUUGGCAUGAAUCAAUCAAUGCUCUGCAAUCUUUCCCAAAUUCACGAGUUUCGAUUGGCACAGCGCGCGCCAGAUCCUCAAGACCUUCAAACCCUGGAGAUGAGACUGUAUAUGCAGGUUCCGGGUCCUCCACAAAGAGACUGCGCAGAAACCAAAGAGGCCAAGUUGAUACGCCAUCUAGGCGACGUGUAUUAUUGUGCAGCCCUCAUCUACUUCCAACGUGGUGUACUCGGAUUUCCUCCGCACACCAUUCAAUACUUUGUGCGAAAAGGCCUCGACAGUCUAGAGGCGAUGGAGACGUUAACAAAUGGAACAUGUGGAUGCAUUUCUGUCUGGUUUUCCAUUAUCAUCGGUGCGGAAUGCGAAAGCCCAGCGCUUCGUGAAUCCAUGCUGUCCUGGUUUCGACGCAAGAGACGCCAUGGGUUGAAGAUUGUUGAUGUUGCGUCCACCAUUGUGAAGACCGCGUGGCAGAUGCGAACCCUACCCGGGAAAGAGAAGUUCUACUGGCAAGAUAUGAGCUUGGAACCAGAAUACGACGUUCUUCUAUGGUGA